AUGGUUUUCGAAGACGAAAGCAGUGAGGACACGUCCAGCCUGCCGUACAUGCACUCGACCUCAUCCACGGACGGGCUUAACCAGGUCCCUUUCAGCAUUGAAGAUCCAGAUUACCAGGGGCUUGAGCUGGAAACGAUGUCGCCAUGUGAGAAGCACGGCAAGGCAUCUGAGAGGCUUGUCGCAUUUGAAGGAACAGACACAGGGAGAAGGUUCCUAGCAUGUGCAGAGCCGGAAGGGCAGAAUUGUGGGUUUGUUGAAUGGGUUGAUCACCAGUGGCCCCCAACAAUGCAAAAUGCAUUGUUGAAGCUGUGGGCCAUGGUUGAAGAUAGCAAGAGUGCUAGGGUGAAUGAUAAUCUUGAAAGUUCUUUCACUAUCCACCAUCUGACAGAAGAGAAGAACAAGCUGGAGGCCAACUAUGACAAGUUAGUCCAAGAUGUGCAUCAACUUAUGAGCUUCCAGGAGGACAGGGUGGUGGAUUUCAGAUAUCUGCAGGAUAACCUUACAUAUCAGCAGCAAUGCAGAAGUGAACUGAUCCUCUUCCACCACCAGCCCUUCUUCCUGCACCUCUACCAGCACCACUUCCACCACCUCUACCAGCAGCACUUCCAGUUCUUCCUCCUGGUGUUGGAGCAGGAGCCCUAG